GAAAUUUUUCUGGCUCUGCUAUAUCAGAAUUUGCAAAAGUCGUGAAUUCUUCAAAGAAGUUUAGAUGGUUUAACUCUUCUAACAAUUCAAAUGUUGUUAUACAUCCAUUAGACAAGUUUAUUCUUAAAUUUUCAAUAUAUGAACUCUCUGUUAUAGAUUGUUCUUUUGAAGAGUUCCAGGAAAAAAACACUUUUAAGAAUGCAUGA